AUGGCGAAGGCGAGGAGGCGUCGCGUGCCGGCGUUCGGGGAGUGGAACUACAACUACCACCACCACGAGCAGCAGGCACUUCCGCCGGCCGUUGUUGCACCGGCCGCGUGCUAUGCCACGCAGGAGCCGGAGCCGGAGGCCUGCAGCGACGUGUGGUUCAGGUACUCGCCGGCCCCGCGCAAACCCACGCCCAAGAAGCAGGCGAGGAGGCGGCACGAGGGCGACGUGUCCCGGGAGCAUUCGAAGGCGUCCUGGGACGCUUCCAGGCGGGUGGUGCGCCCGGUCGACGGGGACCUGUACCAGGUGCCACCGCCGGAGCUCGCCUCCCACCGGCGGCCAACGAAGAAGUGGAGCCUGUGGAUGGGAUGCCUGGGCCUCAGCUCAUGCGUCGCCUCCUGA